GAUAAAGGAAUCUUACCUUCACGAAAUAUGAUGUCCAGGGUGGCUCAUGGCAUUGUUUCAAAUAUGCGGUCAAUACUUCCGAAGCUCGAGGCUUCAAUAAAAGGCGGCCUCUCUGUUCGAACUACUAGUAAGAAGACCGACCUAACAGAGCACUUUAUGCUAGAUGAUGAAGUGGCUAACGAGCAGCUCCGGCAGUAUGAAGAGGGUUCAAGGGACCGACUUGAACUUGAGAGCGCUUUAUUGGGCGUCCUCAAUAGGGUAGAACAUGUACCAAUUGUUAUUAAUGGCCAAGAGUUUCAAUCCAAAGAGGAACUGCAACAGGUAUUACCCUACGAUAUCCAGCAGCCCAUUGCCCACUACGGCCAUGCCCAUCGCAUCCUCAUACGAAUGGCCAUCGACAAGAGUUUGGAGGCGCAGGUGAUGUGGGAUAAAACUAAGUUAAGCGAUCGUAUUGAUAUUUGGGAGAGGGCAGCCGAUCUGAUAGCCGGUAAACACCGUUACAACAUCAUAGCGGCCACGAUGUUGGGUCAAGGAAAAACCCUGCGUCAGGCGGAGAUGGAUGUGGCCGAAUUGGUAGACUUCAUGCGCAUUAAUCCGGUGUUCCUGCGAGAACUGGCCAACUAUGAACCCUAUAAUGACAUGGUAAAUGGUGACUGUUGGAACUCCAUGCGGUUGAGGGGACUUUCAGGAUUUGUGGCAGCCAUUAGUCCAUUCAAUUUCACGGGUAUUGCCGGCAAUCUGGCCUAUACUCCCGCCCUGAUGGGCAACUCCGUGCUCUGGAAGCCCUCCGAUUCAGCCAUCCUCUCUAACUACUUUGUCUUUUUGGCCAUGCGGGAGGCAGGCGUGCCUGAUGGGGUCGUGAACUUUGUGCCUGCCGAAGAGACGACCUUUGCAUCCGUUGUAGCACAGCAUCCAAAGCUGGCUGGAAUCAACUUCACUGGCACUUCAUCCGUCCUCAAAGUGCUUUGGCAACUGGUGGCCCAGAAUAUUAACUAUUAUGAAAACUAUCCCCGUUUGGUGGGCGAGGGAGGUGGCAAGAACUUUCAUUUCGUACAUCCCUCGGCGGAUCCGAAAACAGCAGUUGCCUGUACUAUAAGAGCGGCCUUUGAGUACGCCGGUCAGAAGUGUUCCUCGUGCUCGAUGUUGUAUGUGCCGGAAUCGCUGUGGGAGGGCCAUAUAAGAGAGCCACUGCUGAGGAUCACCGAUUCUCUGCUAGUGGGACAUGCCACGUACUGUGAAUGCUUCUGUUCUGCAGUAAUCAAUCGACGGGCCUAUGAUCGCAUCUACAUGUGGCUAAGAUAUAUCGUCCAGAGUCCAAGUUGUCAGAUUUUAGCCGGAGGAACCUGCGACAAGCAGCAUGGUUACUUUGUGGAUCCCACAGUGGUACAAAUCACAGAUCUAGAUAAUAUCAUAUGUCGCGAAGAGCUGCUAGCGCCCAUUCUUGGUGUCUAUGUUUAUCCUGAUGACAAGCUCAAGGAGACAAUGGAGAAAGUGGCGAAGAUCAAUCAUGGAUUGAUAGGCUCGGUGUUUGCCACGGAUGAGAACUUCAUUGAGGAAGCCUACGAAGCUUUCAGAUUCAAUGUGGGCAAUCUCAAUGUUAAUGACAAGUCCACUGGCUCUAUGGUGGGUCAGCAGCCUUUUGGAGCGGGUCAUAUGACUGGUACCAGUGAUAAGUUGGGAAGUCCUCACUCCCUGCUGCGAUGGACAUCGCCUCAGGUCAUCAAGGAGUCUUAUAAGCCACAUAUGAAUAUCUAUUACCCAUAUAUGAAUAUAAGCGAAGAGAAGCAGGGCAUCAAGUAUAUGAGGAGAGAUCUGAAUGAGAUGGUCUCCCAGGAUGAAAGCUCCUUUGAGGACGCCAAAAAUGAGGAUAAUCGUCCAGUGUAACAUCUAAAUAGAGUUAAUUAAGAUCCAAAUUUCUGUUGUAAUAAAUUAAGUAAAAUUAAAA